GCUGGGGCGGCGGCGCGGUGGAGCGCGGCGCUGCAGCCAUGGCGGGCGGCGCGCGGCUGCUCUGGGUGUCGCUAUUGGUGCUGCUGGCGCAGCCGGGACUGGGCCGACCCCGAGAGCGGCUUCGCGUGCGCUUCACCCCCGCCGUGUGCGGCCUGCGUUGCAUCCAUGGGCCCACUGGCUCCCGCUGUACCCCGACCUGCGCGCCCCGCAACACCACCAGCGUGGACAGCGGCGCGCCCGGCGGGGCGGCCCCGGGGGGACCCGGCUUCCGCGCCUUCCUAUGUCCCUUGAUCUGUCACAACGGUGGUGUGUGUGUGAAGCCUGACCGCUGCCUUUGCCCCCCGGACUUCGCUGGCAAAUUCUGCCAAUUGCAUUCCUCGGGGGCCCGGCCCCCGGCCCCAGCCAUGCCGGGCCUUACCCGCUCCGUUUACACAAUGCCACUAGCCAACCACCGCGAUGACGAACACGGCGUAGCAUCGAUGGUGAGUGUGCACGUGGAGCACCCUCAGGAGGCGUCGGUGGUGGUGCACCAGGUGGAACGUGUGUCGGGCCCCUGGGAGGAGGCGAACCCUGAAGCCCUAGCCAGGGCUGAAGCGGCGGCACGAGCUGAGGCAGCGGCGCCUUACACAGUGCUGGCACAGAGCGCGCCACGCGAGGACGGCUACUCAGACGCCUCCGGCUUCGGUUACUGUUUCAGGGAACUGCGCGGAAGCGAAUGUGCAUCGCCGCUGCCCGGCCUCCGGACGCAGGAAGUAUGCUGCCGAGGGGAGGGCGUGGCCUGGGGUGUUCAUGAUUGUCACCCGUGCGCGGAACACCUGGGGAACUCCAACAGACUGAGUGGCCCAAAUGGACCUUGUCCAACCGGUUUCCAGAGAGUUAAUGGGUCCUGUGUAGAUGUGGAUGAGUGCGCCACAGGUGGGCGUUGCCAACACGGGGAGUGUGCCAACACUCGUGGCGGGUACACGUGUGUAUGUCCGGAUGGCUUCCUCCUGGACUCUUCCCGCAGCAGCUGCAUCUCCCAACACGUGAUCUCAGAGGCAAAGGGGCCCUGCUACCGAGUGCUCCAUGAUGGCGGAUGCUCGCUGCCCAUUCUUCGAAAUAUCACCAAACAGAUCUGCUGCUGUAGCCGUGUGGGCAAGGCUUGGGGCCGAGGCUGCCAGCUCUGCCCACCUUAUGGUUCUGAGGGUUUUCGGGAGAUCUGUCCAGCCGGCCCUGGUUACCACUAUUCAGCUUCUGACCUCCGCUACAACACCAGACCCCUAAGCCAGGAUCCACCUCGAGUGACCUUCAAUCAACCACGUGCUCCACUAGCCACUCCUCGGCCACCUACAGGCCUUCUGCCUACUCGUCGACCAGAGCCCCGCCCUGACCCUGGGCCACAGCCUGAAUCCCGGCCUCGGCUUGAACCCCAGCCUCGGCCUGAACCCCGGCCUCGGCCUGAACCCCAGCCUCGGCCUGAACCCCAGCCUCGGCCUGAAUCCCGGCCUCGGCUUGAACCCCAACCUCGGCCUGAACCCCAGCCUCGGCCUGAAUUUCCCCUGCCCAGCAUCCCUGCUUGGACCGGUCCAGAGAUUCCUGAAUCAGGUCCCUCUUCCAGCAUGUGUCAGCGAAAUCCCCAGGUUUGUGGGCCUGGACGCUGCGUUCCUCGGCCGAACGGUUACACCUGUGCGUGCGACCCUGGUUUCCGGCUCGGCCCCCAGGGCACUCGCUGCAUUGACGUAGAUGAAUGUCGCCGCGUCCCUACACCCUGUGCUCCUGGGCGUUGCGAGAAUACACCAGGCAGCUUUCGCUGCGUGUGCGGCACCGGCUUCCGAGCGGGCCCGCGGGCUGCAGAGUGCCUGGAUGUGGACGAGUGCCGCCGCGUGCCGCCGCCGUGUGACCGCGGGCGCUGCGAGAACACGCCAGGCAGUUUCCUAUGUGUCUGUCCCGCCGGGUACCAGGCAGCACCGCAUGGAGCCAGCUGCCAGGAUGUGGAUGAAUGCACCCAGAGCCCAGGCCUCUGUGGCCGCGGGGUCUGCGAAAACCUGCCCGGCUCUUUCCGCUGUGUUUGCCCGGCUGGCUUCCGUGGCUCGGCGUGUGAGGAAGAUGUGGACGAAUGUGCCCAGCAGCCUCCGCCCUGCGGGCCAGGCCGCUGCGACAACACCGCGGGUUCAUUCCACUGUGCCUGCCCAGCUGGCUUCCGCUCCCGAGGAUCAGGGGCCCCCUGCCAAGAUGUGGAUGAGUGUGCCCGGAGCCCCUCGCCUUGUGCCUAUGGCCGCUGCGAGAACACGGAAGGAAGUUUCACGUGUGUCUGCCCUACGGGCUUCCAACCCAACGCUGCGGGCUCCGAGUGCGAGGAUGUGGAUGAGUGUGAGAACCACUUGGCCUGUCCUGGGCAGGAGUGUGUGAACUCACCAGGCUCUUUCCAGUGCCGGGCCUGCCCUGUUGGUCACCACCUGCACCGUGGCAGAUGUACCGACGUGGACGAAUGCAGUUCAGGCACCCCCUGUGGUCUCCACGGCCAGUGCAGGAAUACUAAAGGCUCCUUCCACUGCAGCUGCUCGACAGGUUACCGGGCACCAUCUGGUCGACCUGGGCCUUGUGCAGACAUAAAUGAGUGUCUGGAAGGCGACUUCUGCUUCCCCCACGGAGAAUGCCUCAACACCGAUGGCUCCUUUACCUGUACUUGUGCCCCUGGCUACCGGCCUGGACCUCGUGGAGCGUCUUGUCUGGACGUGGACGAGUGCAGCGAGGAGGAUCUUUGCCAGAGCGGCAUCUGUACGAACACUGACGGCUCUUUCGAGUGCAUCUGUCCUCCUGGACACCGUGCAGGCCCUGACCUUGCCUCCUGCCUUGACAUUGAUGAGUGUCGUGAACGGGGACCUGCCCUGUGCGGGUCUCAGCGCUGUGAAAAUUCUCCUGGCUCCUACCGCUGCGUACGGGACUGCGACCCAGGUUACCACCCUGGCCCUGAGGGCACCUGUGAUGACGUGGACGAGUGCCGAGAAUAUGGCUCUGCGAUUUGUGGUGCCCAGCGCUGUGAGAACACCCCUGGCUCCUACCGCUGCACGCCAGCCUGCGACCCUGGCUAUCAGCCUACACCAGGGGGCGGGUGUCAGGAUAUUGAUGAGUGCCGGAACCGGUCUUUCUGCGGCGCCCAUGCUAUGUGCCAGAAUCUGCCUGGCUCCUUCCAAUGUGUCUGUGACCAAGGCUACGAAGGGGCACGGGACGGGCGUCACUGCGUGGGUAAGGGACCAGAAGGGGUAGUAGAUUGGUUCAGCCCUGCCCUUGUCCGCUCUCCUGGAGAAAGAGAAGUUCUAGAGUUGCAGAAUUAG